CUAUACUAAUUUUCAUUUUAUAAACGCGCAUUUUAUUCCAUUUUCAUUCAAAAUAAUUUUCUUCAUUGAUUAUUCAAAGCAAAGCAAUAUAAAAGUAGCUUUAUUAAUUAAGCCCAACGGCGGCAACAAAUCAAGAAAAAUAUCAUUGAUCUGAAAUUGUUAGUUAAUACUGGAGAAUAAACGUAUAACAAUCUUUUCUUAAACAAAGUUACCGAUUCAAACUGUGAUAAUAUUAAAAAGCUUUUAAAUGCUGUUGUUAUCAUUGUACGAUAGAAAUAUAUAAUUAUUAUUGGAAGCUUUUUGAAUUAUCUUGAAUGUUUCCGCCGAUUCACCUUAGUACGCGUAAUCACAUAGCUACAUAAAAAACAUAAAAAAAAAAAAAAACAGAAAACUAUUAAAACAAAUUAAUUAAAAGUUUAUAAAUCAAUUUAGUUUUGAAAAAGUUUUUCACCAUGGCACAAUCAUGGUGCGGAAAACAUGAUAAAAAGAGAACAUUUACAUCUCAUAAACCUGUUAUCUGUUAUGAUAAACCGGCAGCAGCUUUAGUAUCUCGAACUGAAUAUGAUCAAAAACGAUAUGAUGCUGUAAUGGGAACAGCUAUCGACACAUUUAUAGUUCCAAAAAAAACUGCAAGAACAUGGACAAUGCAAAAGGAUGACUUAUGUAGAAUAACAUUAGUUGAAGGAUCACAAGUUGGUGAUAUUAAUAUGUGGAACUUAGAAAAUCCAAAAGAAAGAUUUUAUUCAGGAAAAACUAGACAAUUACAUAGUACACAUUUAAAAGUAUAUGAUAGAUUAUGGAGUUGUUUACCAUAUUUAAGACCAAUGGCAACAUUUGUCUUUGACACACUAUGUGAAUAUGGAAUCGAUGAAGAUGGUGGAUCUCUUCAUGAUGUUAUAGGUACAAGAUGUGAUGAUUAUACAUAUAAUUUAAUAACGGGUAAAGAAAGAUUUGGUAGUUGUCAUAGUUAUCUAACAGAAGCAGUUAAAGAAAGAGGUCUGUCAGAGGAAGAUGUACAUGAUGUUUGGAAUAUUUUUAUGUGUACCGGUUUUACUAAAGAUACUCACCAAUAUUUUUGUAAACCAAGUCCAGCAAGAAAAGGUGAUUUUAUUGAAUUUGUUGCCGAUAUGAAUCUUCUUGUAGGAUUAAGUACAUGUCCUCAAGGUGAUGUAUCAAUUCCAGUAGGUUUGUCUGUUCCAGAUGAAAUGUGCCAUCCACUAAAAGUAGAAAUAUUUAGAAAAGACGAUUGUUAAUAGCAAAUUAAACUGAAACAAAAUUGAAUUCGAACAUAAGAAAUUGAUUUCAAUUUUUUGUUUUAAAUGCAUUUUUUCUUUGAGCAUUGGACACCCCAAGAUAACUUAAAGUAUAAUUAUGUGCUAUGACGGAUUUUAAAUAGAACAACAAAUUUUAAAGCAUUUAAUUUGAGUUUAAUUUUGUAUGAUAAUAAAAAAUACUUUUAAUUAUUAUUAAUAUGGAAUGCUUCUGAAUUUGAAUAUACUCAGUGUUGUAUAUGCAGAAUGAGUUAUAUAAGCUUGCAUAAUAUACGAAUGUAAUUGUUAAUUAUAUAGUAUAAAAUUUAUCUUAAAUAUUUUCAAUUCAAAAAUAAAGUGCUCUUAAUGAAUUUAUAAA